CAGAUUUUCAUUCCUUCUUCCCCCACACACGCACACUCUCUUCUUUCUUUCUUUCUUUUCUUCUUUUUCUUCUCCUCUCUUCCCCUUCGUCCCUCGCACAGCAGCUCGCCUCUUCUCUUUUCCUUCCCUUCUUCCUCUUGUCUCGCUUGCACCCACGCACACACAGCCGGUUGCAAAUCUGCCGAGAAGAUGCAGUCCGAAAGAGAAGUAGAAGAAGAAGAAGGAGAAGAAAUGGGUUUCGGCCAUGUACGUUCGGAGAGGAUCGUGUUAUAAUUGGAGACUUCAAUGGGUUCUCCAAUGUAGAGUUCGAGUAAUUGGAAUCCAAUGGAAGUUCGAGUCAGGAGUCUAAUGCAGCCAAGAUGAUGUUUCUUUGGCUGCAGGUACUUCGGUAUAGUCGAUGGGUCGGUAGCAAUGUGCUUGGGAUAUUAUGACUGAAGCUCACCGCGACGGUUGUAAUUGUCGGACCACGGGUUGUCCACUAUUUUAUAGGUUUGGCCUUUACUACAAUGGAGUGGAAUAAUAUUGAGCUGUACCAAGGUUGGGAGUACGUAGAGAAGCACAUUAAUAAGAUAAAGAGGAUUCUGGAAGCGUCCGAUCAGCCAUGAGGAAUGCUUGGUGCUCAACCAAGCAAGCUACAACAUGUGUACCCAGAAGCCCCUCACGACUAUCACAAGUACCGUGAAGCAUUUGAGGUAUAUUAUACUUCGACGGUGAGAAAUAUUGGCUUACUUCUUUUGUGUUUCAUAAUUAUCAUAAGGUGUAGAGUUGUAGGCUAUUGUGUCGAUCGAUCUAAGAUAUGUCCUUUACAUUAUUCAUUUGGACCAACAUUGGGAGUAUGCCGAGAAUGGCACUAUAAAGUUGAAGAGGAUUUUGAAAGGGUUGCCGGAGCCUCCGAUGAGCCCUGAGACAUACAUGAACCUUAACACGUAUCAUUUUUUCGAUUAAUUAGUAAAUACAAUUCUUCUUUAUUUAGUGUUUAACUGUCAUUUGAGGCAUUUAUGUUUGUGCAUUAGGAUUGUAUGUCCUUAAUUCCAAGUAUAGAGAAAAUCGAAUGUACUCAGGAGGCCCUUCACAAUUACUAUCAACAGCUCCGUGACAAGUGUCGUUUGGUGAAUGAGGAAUAUAUUAGUGUGGGGGUGAGAAAUAUUGACUUACUUCUUUCGUGUUUUAAUAAUUAUUAUAAGGUGUAGAGUUGUAAGCUACUGUGCCGAUCUAUUACAACUAUACCAGCCAAUGGGGAUAUUUAUGCCAUGUAAUUUGAUCUCUAACUGUGAUUGCUAUGUUUUGUAGAAGUCUUUGUUGCAUGUAGGAAAUGACAUAUCUUAGAGGUCUUAAAGUUUUGUGGAACUUUUGCACACAAUUGAUGCUUAAAAAAGAGUUUUAUCGUUUGAGGUGGUGCUUUUGGUGCAAAACGUGUUUUUGUACCAAGGCUUUUGGUUGGUUGCAUAUAAAUUUUGUUCUUGCAUAGUUGCAUUAUUUUUGUAUGAAAUUAAUUAAUUUUUAUCAACCUCAUUGUUGUAUUUCAAUACCAUAUUUACUGCUGGAGUCUCCUACUUUUUGAAUUUUUUUUUUACUCAUUGUCCUCCCUAGUUAACUUUAUAUAUUAAGUGUUGUCCUCUUUAAAAGAUAAGCGUGGUGAACUUAUGCUGAGUGGGCUGACGAGUAGUUGAAAACACCACAAGGCUAUGGUGAGGUUUUUGUCACGCAUCAUUGUGAAUCAUGAUACUUUUCUCAUCAUGAGGUUGUCGCUUCCCCAACGGAUUGAAGUUGAACUAGACUACUGUCACGAUCUGAUUUGUUACAAAUCACUCUAAUGGAACUUAGUCUAGUCCAACUUCAAUUUGUUGGGGAAGUGACAACCUCAUGAUGAGAAAAGUAUCAUGAUUCACAAUGAUGCGUGACAGAAACCUCAUCAUAGCCUUGUGGUGUUUUCAACUACUCGCCAGCACCCUCGGCAUAAAUUCACCAUGCUUAUCUUUUAAAGAGGGAAACACCUAAUACAUAAAGUUAACUAGGGAUGACAAUGGGUAAAAAAAAAAAACCAAAAAGUAGGAGACUUUAGCUGUAAAUAUGGUAUUGAAAUACAACAAUGAGGUUGAUAAAAAUUAAUUAAUUUCAUACAAAAUAAUGCUACUAUGCAAGAACAAAAUUUAUAUGCAACCAACCAAAAGCCUCGAUACAAAAACAUGUUUUGAACCAAAAGCACCACCUUAGACCAUAAAACUCUUUUUUAAGCAUCAAUUGUGUGCAAAAGUUUCACAAAACUCUAAGAACUCUAAGAUAUGUCCUUUCCUACAUGCAACAAGAGACUUCUAAAAAAGAUAGCAAUUAUAGUUAAAGAUCAAAUUACAUGACAUAAAUAUCCCCAUUGGCUGGUAUAGUUGUAAUAGAUCGACACAGUAGCCUACAACUCUACACCUUAUGAUAAUUAUUAAAACACGAAAGAAGUAAGCCAAUAUUUCUCACCUCAAAACUAAUAUAUUUUUCAUUUGCCAAACGGCACUUGUCACGGAGUUGUAGGUAGUAAUUUUGAAGGGUCUCCUGAGUACAUUUGAUUUCUCUAUACUUGGAAUUAAGGACCAUACAAUUCCAAUGCACAAACAUGAAUGCCUCAAAUGACAGUUAAACACCAAAUAAAGAAGAAUUGUAUGUACUAAUUAAUCGAAAAAAGGAUACCUAUUAAGGUUCAUGUAUGUCUCAAGUCUCAACGGAAGCUUCGACAACCCUUUCAGAAUCCUCUGUAGCUUUAUAAUGCCAUUCUCCGCAUACUCCCAAUGUUGGUCCAGCUGAAUAAUGGAAAGGACAUAUCGUAGAUCAAUCCACACAAUAACCUAAAACUCUACACCUUAUGAUAAUUAUGAAAACACAAAAGAAGUAAGCCAAUAUUUCUCAUCGUCGAAGUAAUAUAUACCUCAAAUGCCUCACGGUACUUGUAAUAGUCGUCAGGAAUCCUGAGGAGAUUAGGGAGCAUAUAGUCCAAUAUUACAACAAUCUGUACUUUGAGAAUUGUUCUUGGCGGCCUAGGGUGGAGGGCCUAUCUUUCUUAUCCAUUGAUGCAGUUGAGAGCAUUUGGUUAGAAAGAGCGUUUUAGGAGGAGGGAGUGGGAUGUGAUCAAGGAUUUGAAUGGAGCGUCGGGUCCUGACGGCUUCACUAUGGCUUUCUUUCAGAAGUGUUGGGAUAUUUUAAAAACUGACAUUAUGGCUUUUUUUGCAGAAUUUCACGCUCGAGGCAAGUUUGAGAAGAGCUUUAAUGCUACUUUUGUAUGUCUGAUUCCUAAGAAGACUGGUGCCAUGGAUGUGAGAGAUUUUCGCCCUAUGAGUUUGGUAGGGGGGGUUAUACAAGAUUAUUUCCAAGGACCUCGCGAACAAGUUUAAAUCAGUUUUGAGCAAGAUUAUCUCCAACACUCGAAAUGCGUUUAGUCAGGGGGAUUUAGUGCUUAUUGCCAAUGAAUGUGUGGAUAGUCAGUGGGAUCCAGGGAUUCUGAGGCUUUAGUUGUGAAUCAUUUACUGUUUGUUGAUGGCACAUUGAUUUUCUGUGGUGCACAAGAAGAACAAAUUCGACAUCUAAGGUGUAUCUUCCUAUUCUUUGAGGCAGCUUCAGGAUUGAGGAUUAAUUUAAGAAAAUCAGAAAUUGUUCCUAUUGGUGAGAUAGAGGAUGUCGAAGGGUUGGCUCAACUACUUGGAUGUCGGCUCGCAUCUUUGCCUAUGACAUACUUGGGUUUGCCAUUGGGUGCCUUUUACAAGUCCGUGUCUAUUUGGAAUGGUAUUAUUGAGAUAAUGGAAAUGUGGUUGCUGGAUGGAAGCGAAUGUAUUUGUCGAAGGGUGGUCGGUUGACUCUUCUUAAAAGUAAGCUCUCCAAUCUUCCUAUGGGGUGGCUAAUCGACUUGAUAAAAUUCAAAGGGAUUUUCUAUGGGGUGGCAUUGGAGAUGAGGCCAAAUUUCAUUUAGUGAAUUGGAACAAGAUUUGUACUCCAUUGCAUUUAGGUGGGUUGGGAGUUAACAAUUUCAUCCAGUUUAAUCGAGCACUUUUGGGUAAAUGGUUGUGGAGAUAUGGUAGGGAGAGAGAGGCUUUAUGGCGAUUGGUGAUUGACAUCAUAUUUGAGAGUCUAAAGGGUGGGUGGUGUUCGAAAGAGGUGUCGGGUUCUUUUAUAGUGGGUGUGUGGAAACAUAUUAGGAGGGGUUGGGAGAAGUUUCGCAAUUUUGUUCGUUUUGAGGUUGGGAAUGGGUCACAUGUUAGUUUCUGGCAUGAUUGGUGGUAUGAGGAUAGAUCUUUGAAGCAGUGCUUUACAGUUUUGUUUAGUAUUGUGUGGAACAAAAAUGCGAUGGUGGUGAAUAACUUGGUCGUUCAAAAUGGAGUUAUUCAAUGGAAUGUUCUUUUUACGCGGGAAAUCCAGGAUUGGGAGAUAGAGAUGGUACUUUCUUUUUUCGCUUGGCUUUACUCUAUUUCAGUUCGACAUGGAGAGGAUGACAGGUUAGUUUGGAACCCCUCUAAAAGGAGUUUAUUUGAAGUGAGGUCCUAUUAUGAAGUGUUAAUUAGCAAAGAUGGCCCAUCAUUUUCGUGGUGGAGUAUCUAGCGUGUUAAGGCUCCGGCAAGGGUGGCUUUCUUUGUAUGGUCAGCAACUUUAGAAAGUGCAAGAUGUGUUGUUGGUGGUCAAUGGGACACAACUGCUCAAAAAGGAUCAGUCUUGAUGUCGUGCUUUGCUGAGAUAAGGUGGAGGAUCUUUCUAGAAUGUGUAGACUUUACUAUAGAAUACCGAAGUGCUUGGAUCCUGUUUCUACUAUAUUCAAGGAGCAUGUUAUUGCUGAAGCUACAGCCCUGGUCGAACAGGCUGAUGAUGCUGGUAGUAGUCAAGUUGUUGUCAGAAUAAUAAUUGAGCUGCACAGGAAAUAUGUGGUUGAUUGCUUUUUGAACCAUGGUUUGUUCCACAAGGCCCUGAUGGAGGCUUUUGAGGUAAUUUGCAAUAAGACUCCUCCUGGCAGUUCAAUUCUGGCUUCAUUUUUUGAGAAUAUCCUCAAGAAGGGUGGGAGUGAGAAGUUGAGUGAUGAAGCCAUAGAAGAAACACUCGAGAAGGUAGUGAAGUUGCUCGCGUACAUUAGUGACAAAGACCUUUUUGCAGAAUUCUACCGGAAAAAGCUUGCUCGUCGGCUACUUUUUGAUCGAAGUGCUAACGAAGAACAUGAAAAGAGUAUACUAACCAAACUGAAACAGCAGCGUGGUGUGCAAUUUAAAUCAAAGAUGGAGGGGAUGGUGACGGAUUUGACACUGGGACGGGAAAACCAGAACUUUGAGGAUUAUCAUUGUAAUAACACGAAUGUAAAUCCUGGGAUUGAUUUGACGGUCAGGGUUCUUACUACUGGAUUUUGGCCAAGUUAUAAAUUAUUUGAUCUCAGCCUCCCUCCGGAAAUGGUCAAGUGCGUAGAAGUUUUCAAAGGAUUCUAUGAAACAAAAACAAAACACAGAAAACUUACAUGGAUUUACUCAUUGGGCACUUGCAACAUUAAUGGCAAGUUUGAGUCAAAAACCAUUGAAUUGAUUGUGUCAACCUAUCAGGCUGCUGCCUUGCUGCUAUUUAAUAAUGCUGAUAGAUUGAGUUAUUCAGAGAUUAUGACUCAAUUGAACUUGACCCAGGAUGACUUGGUUAGAUUGCUUCAUUCUCUGUCAUGUGCUAAGUAUAAGAUCCUGAAUAAGGAGCCGAACACAGAGACUAUCUUGCCAACAGACAACUUUGAGUUCAACUCCAAGUUCACAGAUAGAAUGAGGAGGAUUAAGAUACUGCUUCCACCAGUGGACGAGAGGAGGAAGGUAAUUGAAGAUGUUGACAAGGAUAGGCGAUAUGCUAUAGAUGCUGCAAUUGUGCGCAUUAUGAAAAGUCGGAGAGUAUUGGAUCACCAACAAUUGGUUAUGGAGUGUGUUGAGCAGUUGGGCCCCAUGUUUAAGCCCGAUAUUAAAGCAAUAAAGAAGAGGAUUGAAGAUUUAAUCACCCGUGACUAUCUGGAGAGAGACAAGGAAAACCCAAAUGUGUUUAAGUACUUGGCGUGGUUGCUACUACUGCCUGUUGAACGAUGCAAAGCUGGAGCUGUUGAUGGUUUAAAUCACAGUGGGUGCUGGUGUAGGGGGGCUGGCAGUAUUAGGAAGCUAAAAUAUGGCAGUGGAAAAUGAUAUUUAAUUAUUUAU